CCGGGUGCGAGCCGAGGCACCGGGCGGCGGCGGCGCGCGCCAUGUCGUUCAGUGAGAUGAACCGCAGGACGCUGGCGUUCCGAGGAGGCGGGUUGAUCACCGGCGGCGGCGGCGGCGGCGGCCCCACGAACAAUAACGCCGGUGGGGAGGCCUCGGCUUGGCCUCCGCAGCCGCAGCCGCGACAGCCCGCGCCGCCCGCGCCGCAGCAGCCCAAUGGGCGCGGGGCCGACGAGGAAAUGGACUCGGAGGGCCUGGAGCCCCAGGACUCGGAGGCCUCCGCCGGGGCGGCCGCCGCCGAGGACGCCAAGGAGUUGCUGCUCCCUCAGGACGCGGGCGGCCCCGCCUCGCUGGGCGGCGGCGCGGGGGGCCCCCUGCUAGCGGAAAGGAACCGUCGGACUCUGGCCUUCCGCGGGGGAGGCGCCGGGGGUCUCGGCAACAAUGGCAGCAGCCGCGGCCGCCCGGAGACCUCGGCGUGGCCCCUCAGGCAUUUCAAUGGGCGCGGGCCGGCGGCCGUGGAGCUGGAGCUGGACGCGCUGGAGGGGAAGGAGUUGAUGCAGGACGGCGCGUCCCUGAGCGACAGCACCGAGGACGAGGAGGAGGGGGCGAGCCCGGGCGACGGCAGUGGGGCGGAAGGCGGCAGCUGCGGCAGCAGCAGGCGGUCGGGAGGCGAUGGCGGGGACGACGCGGAGGGCAGCGGUGUGGGAGCUGGCGACGGAGAGGCUGUCCAGCACUUCCCGCUCGCGAGGCCCAAGUCCCUCCUGCAGAAGCUCCAGUGCUCCUUCCAGACCUCUUGGCUCAAGGACUUCCCGUGGCUGCGCUACUCCAGGGAUACCGGCCUCAUGUUUUGCGGCUGGUGCCACAAGCCCCCCGAGGAUGGCGGCGGCGCGGACCUGUCCCCGGUGGGGCACGACGAGCUUUCGCGAGGGACCCGCAACUACAAGAAGACCCUGCUCCUCAGGCACCACGUCUCCACCGAGCACAAACUCCACGAAGCCAACGCCCAGGAGUCAGAAAUACCGUCAGAGGAGGGGUACUGUGACUUUAAUAGUAGGCCAAAUGAGAACUCUUAUUGCUAUCAACUUCUUCGUCAACUAGAUGAGCAGAGAAAGAAAGAUAUUCUUUGUGAUGUCAGCAUUGUGGUGAGCGGGAAAAUCUUUAAAGCUCAUAAGAACAUCCUGGUUGCAGGCAGCCGUUUCUUUAAGACUUUAUAUUGUGUUUCAAACAAAGAAAGCCCUAACCAAAACAAUACUACCCACUUAGAUAUUGCUGCAGUUCAAGGUUUUUCAGUCAUCUUGGACUUCCUGUAUUCUGGGAACCUGGUGCUCACAAGCCAAAAUGCCAUUGAAGUGAUGACAGUGGCCAGCUACCUUCAAAUGAGCGAAGUUGUCCAAACUUGCCGAAAUUUCAUUAAAGAUGCCUUAAAUAUAAGCAUUAAGUCAGAAGCUCCAGAGUCUGUGGUUGUGGACUAUAAUAAUAGGAAACCAGUUAAUAGAGAUGGCCUGACUUCAUCAAGGGAUCAAAAAAUCGCCAGCUUCUGGGCAACACGGAAUCUUACCAAUUUGGCAAGUAGUAUAAAAAUUGAAAAUGAUGCUUGUAAUGUCGACGAGGGCCAAAUAGAAAACUACCAGAUGAAUGACAGUAACUGGGUCCAGGAUGCUUCUCCUGAAUUGGCUGAAAAUGAAUCUCAAGUUAAAACAAAAGUGUUUAUUUGGAAUAAUGUAAGCUCUCAAGAGACUGGCAAAGCAAGGAGGAAAAACCAAACUACCAAGAGAUUUGUUUAUAAUAUACCACCUAAUAAUGAAACAAAUGUAGAAGAUUGCUCAGUGAUGCAGCCACCUGUUGCCUACCCAGAAGAAAAUAACGCCCUACUCAUCAAGGAAGAACCAGAUUUGGACGGUGCACUACUCUCAGGGUCUGAUGGCGAUAGGACCGUGAAUUCAAAUUUAUUGGCAGAAGCCUGCAGUGGUCAAGAUGCAGGUGAUGCUGGAGCAUCCCAUGACUUCAAGUAUGGUGUGAUGCCUAGCACUUCAAAUGAUUUCAAGUAUGGAUUGCUACCAAGUACUUCAAAUGAUUUCAAAUAUGGAUUGUUACCAGGUGCUUCAAAUGAUUUCAAGUAUGGAUUAUUGCCAGAAUCUUGGCCCAAACAAGAAACGUGGGAAAAUGGCAAGUAUUAUCAACAAAUACAAAAUGGUGACUCAUCUCUAAUCAUGAACAAGUUAAAAUGCCCUCACUGUACCUAUGUAGCCAAAUACAGACGAACACUAAAAAGACACUUGCUCAUUCAUACUGGAGUGAGAUCGUUUAGCUGUGACAUUUGUGGGAAGCUGUUUACUAGAAGAGAACAUGUAAAAAGACAUUCCCUGGUGCAUAAAAAGGAUAAGAAAUACAAAUGCAUGGUGUGUAAGAAGAUCUUCAUGUUAGCAGCCAGUGUUGGAAUAAGACAUGGAUCUCGACGCUAUGGAGUCUGUAUGGACUGUGCAGAUAAGUCACAGCCAGGAGGGCAAGAAGGUGUAGAUCAGGGACAGGAUGCAGAGUUCCCUCGGGACGAAGAGUAUGAGGAGAAUGAAGGAGGAGAGCCUGAUGAAGAGCUGGCUGAGAAUGGAGAAGACCAGAAUGACACGUCUCGAUGGGAUGAAUCGGGAGAUGUCUGUAUGUCUCUGGAUGCUUAACUGACCUUACGAUAUUCCUCAAGAAUGCUGCAUUUGGACAUACUAUGAAUCGACAAUUUGGAUUGUUGAACUUGAAGGCUUGCAAAAUAUGGUACAUGCUGGAUGGUAGUUACGUUGCUGUGAAAAACUGUAGGGUUAAAGCCUUAUAGCAAAAAAAAUUUUUUUUUAUAUUUGCACAGGACUGUACAGCAAACAACCAUGUGGUUGGAUACAUGGAGUCCCCACAUUCAGUCAGUUAUCAAAGUAAAAUAUUUUUUAUUUAUAGGAUAUACAGUUAACUAUUUGGGUUCUAUGAAAAUAUAGUACUUGUCCUUUCUAGAGGUUACAUUCAUGUACUACUGUAACAUGAAUGAAGAAAAUCCAUUUGUGGAAGUACAGUGACAGUUGACCCAAUCACUCUGUCAAUCAAACCACUCAGGCUAGUUUGUACUAGUAGAGUUUUGUUUCUAUUUUUAUUUUAUUAAUUUUAUUUUUUUUAAUACAGAUUUUCAGUGAGGGGCUUUUUCAACCCCAUUGGUUCUAUUUUCUUGUAUUUUUUUCAUUUUAUUUGCUUUAUAACUUAAACCAAGUCUCUUCUAGUCUUAGAUAUUAUUUCUGAAUUCUGUGCUGAUAGGCAUGUUUAUAAGAACUGGAGAGGUAAUUUAUUGGAAUGAACUGACUCCCCUUCCUCCCUUCCACUUUGACAUGAAUUUUCCCACUGCACAAAUGAAGAAUGAUGUUACGACGUUGCCAUGGUGAAGCUGACAAACCACUAAAAUGAUGAUGACUUAGAAGUGACUUUCUCCUGCUGCUCUAAUUCGAUAAAUGGUUACUAUAUGUUUUCUGACAUAGUUUCUGGUUUUGGGUAUCUGUUACUUUGGCACUAUUCUUGUUUGCCUCUUAAAUUUUGCCAGUGUACUAUACCUCAGCCUUAUUUGAAAUACAGAAGUCUAAUUGAAGAAAAGUCAUAGAAAAACACAUAAAAUGAUUUGUUUUAUAAUUUAUCAUCCAUGUCCAGUUUGGUUAGCUUGUUAUGCAAAAUAAGUGAAAUAUCAGGGUUUUUUUUUCCCCCUGUGCCCUUUUUUUAAAAUCAUUAAAAUUAACCCAAAAUGUGCAUUCUCUUUUGUUUCAUACUUACCGGGAUAUUGAGUGAUAUAAAUUGUGGCUGAUAAUUUAUUUUUCCAUUCCUUAAAGUCACCAUACCUUGAUGAAAUCUUUAUAGUCACCAUGAUUCAACAAACUGCAGAAAUAUUACAAAUAAAAUGUUGAGA